GGCACCGGAAGGGGCGGGGCCUUCCGGGGCGGCGGGAGCGGAUGCGGCGCGGCAGGGCACUAACGGUGUGUUUCCCGUGCGCAGCGCGAUGGCCGAUGCUGUUGAGCGGCUGAGCCAGCGGGUGCAGGAGCUGGAGCGGGAGGUGACGCGGCUGCAGCAGCAACUCCAAGAAAAGCCCCAAACCCCAACCAAAAAGCCGCGAAACGGCCCCAAACGCCCGUUCGACUUCGGCGCCCACGGCCGGCGCCACGCGGCGCUCAAGGUCGCCUACCUGGGCUGGGGGUACCAGGGCUUCUCCAGCCAGGAGAACACGCGCAACACGGUGGAGGAGCAGCUGUUCCACGCGCUCCAAACCACGCGCCUGGUGCCGGACAGACAGAGCGCGCGCUACCAGCGCUGCGGACGCACGGACAAGGGCGUCAGCGCCUUCGGACAGGUGAUUUCCCUCGAUCUCCGCUCCAACCUGAAGCAACCGAGCGGCGACGAGACGGCGGGCGAGCUGCGCUACCCCCACAUGUUAAACCGGGUGCUCCCCCCUGAUAUCCGGGUGCUGGCCUGGGCCCCCGUGGGGCCCGAAUUCAGCGCCCGCUUCAGCUGCCUCCAGAGGACCUACCGCUAUUUCUUCCCGCGCGGGCCGCUGGACGUGGCGCUGAUGCACCGCGCGGCCCAACGCUACGUGGGGACGCACGAUUUCCGCAACUUCUGCAAGAUGGACGUGGCCAACGGCGUCACCAACUUCCAGAGGACGGUGCUGGGGGCGGCAGUGACGCCGGCGGACGCGGCCCAAAAGUCGCCGGAAAACCCAUUCGGACUGUGGUGUUUCGAGGUGACGGGGCAGGCGUUCCUCUAUCACCAGGUGCGCUGCAUGGUCGCCGUGCUCUUCCUCAUCGGCCAAGGGAUGGAGAGACCUGAGAUCAUUGACGAGCUGCUGGACGUGGAGAAAAACCCCCGCAAACCGCAGUACAGCAUGGCCGUGGAGUUUCCCCUCGUCCUGCACGACUGCCAGUUCGAGAAUCUCCGCUGGAUUUACGACCAGGAUGUGCACGAAUUCACCGUCUCCCACCUCCAGCAGCUCUGGGCCGCCCACGCUGUCAAAACCCACAUUUUACACGACAUGUUACAUGGCCUGGACACCGCUCCUGUUGCACGGCAAAGUGAUGGUGAAGUGGCUCCUUGGGGGGAGUCGAACCCCCCGCUCCGCGCCCAGCUCAGCGGGUUCGUGGAAGGCGUCAAAUCCCGGGUUUACAAACCGCUCUUGGCUCGGCCCAAGUGUGAGGGGCUGGAGGAGCGAAUCCGGCAUUUUGUGAGGAGGGGACGGAUCGAACUCCCCCCCGGGUUGGGGACACAAGGGGACAAGGACGAGCAGGCCCCUGAAAACAAGAGGGGUCACCACAACCCAGGGGGCAACGGGGCCGCAGAGCAGCCACCCAAGAGGGUUUGUGUGGGUGGGGAUGUGGCACCACAGCAGGAAUAGGUGGCUUUGCUUUAUUUUUUUAAUUGGAAAAAUCACGUUUUUUCAGCGCUGUUUUUUAUAAAAUGCAAGAAACGUGAA